AGUUUUUUUACAAUGAAAUUACACACUGAAAAACAAAAAAACGAUGAAAUCAAAAAGCAUUCAAAAAUUAAACACACAUCUGCAAGAGCAAGAAUAACCAAUCAAAUCAAUCAAUUCUGGAGUCGUCAUCGGAACGCUGAUGAAAACUGGUACACAUAUUUGUUUUUUGCUGUGCUGCGUUUCGUAUUAGUUUUUAUACCACAACUAGGCUAUGUGCAUCCUGAUGAAUUUUUUCAGUCCGUCGAGGUGAUAGCAGGUGAUCACUUUCAACUGGAGCACACACGCACUUGGGAGUUUAAUAACACCCUACCAGUACGUAGUAUUACAUUGCCUUUUCUACUUUUACGUGUACCUUGGAGUUUUUACGAAUUCAUCGCUACUGUUUUACAAAAUGCUACUCAUAUUAAGUUACUACAUAGCUACAUAUAUCUCGUCUUUCCACGCCUUAUAAUGUGUUGUUUAUCUUUCAUAAAUGAUUGGAGCCUUUACCAUGUGUGCCGUUUGUAUGGUUUGCGCUGUGAAAUCCGUCUCUUAGCAUUGGGUAGCUCGUGGGUGAUGCUUGUGUUUGGUACACGCACAUUUUCAAACACUAUCGAAAUGACGCUGUGUUCAUUACUUUUGGCAUUGGUAGCGGAUAGUAUGAUAACAACAAAUACUAUUGUAUACAAAAAGGAGUAUUUGGAAGAACGUUACAUAAAUGCUGUUUCCAUUGGUGAGAAAGUAAGAAUUUGGAAACUUAAAACCACACUUCCCACACAUAAUUAUAAAUAUAUGCUGCUACUAUCUACGAUAUGCGUUGUAGGAGUUUUCAACCGUCCAACAUUUUUGCUGUUCGGUGCACCAAUGGUCUUUUAUUGGUUACUGCGUGGCAUGGGCACUAAAACGAUAACAUUUACAGAUUUUAAUCUUCGUAUAUUAUUAUUUUGUGUUAGUGCAUUACCAACGAUUUUGGUAUUUAUAUUUUUCGAUUCCAUUUAUUACAAGUACCUAACUGCUGGUGAACUACAAAUAUUUGAUAUUGGCAUCAAUAAUUUUGUCUUUACACCAUGGAAUUUUAUAAAGUACAAUUUGGAUCCUAGUAAAACAGCAGAACAUGGCUUACAUCCUAAAUAUACGCAUCUUUUGGUAAAUACGCCUCUACUAUACAAUGUUCUUGGUAUAAUUGCUUUAAUUUCAUUUGCACACACCAUGAUAAGAUUUUUCAAAGCUGAAUACCAAGGUUUACCACGUGCACAGAGUAUUGUGGGUCUGAUGUUGGGCGCUAUAUUUGUGCCAUUAUUUUUCCUUUUACUAAUCAACCAUCAAGAGGCACGUUUUCUUAUACCCUUAACAUUCCCGAUUGUCUUAUUACAUGCAACAAAGUUAUUAACUGGGUUUUGUAUAACUUAUCCGUUCAAGGAAGAGCAUUGGAUAUUACGCCAAUUUUAUAAUAGAGUGCUUUGCACGCAGGCAUCCGCAAAAUAUUUGCUUAAGACUUGGUAUAUUUUUAAUAUAGCGCUCACUGUAUUCUUUGGUUUCAUACAUCAGGCUGGCGUUUUUCCAUUGGCACAACAUUUUGAGCAUGCAAUGCAAUUCAAGCCAAGUGGUGAACACUUACACCUAAUCACAUCGCAUAUGUAUGAUAUGCCACUGUCAUUUGUUAAUAUACCCAGCUCGCGUACUUUACUCUUCGAUCGCAAUACUGGACGACGUUAUCGUCGCAGCAAGGAUUUUUAUUUAUACGAAUACGGUAGUCUUAAUUUGGAGAAACUAUUACGCAAGAUUAAACUUUCGCUAUCAAAUUGUGAAUUUAAGCGCAACUCAAAGCAAAUAAAUUAUCGCCUUUUUCUUGCCAUUCCAACAUCUUUGAGUGAUGAUUUUGCCUAUGUCGUGGACAAAUCUAAUUCAAGUUAUUUACACUUCGAACUGCAACGAAUUUUCUAUCCACAUUUAUCAACUGAAGCCUUUCCAAGUAUAUUUGGACGUCAUAUUUGUGAUGUAGAUCCACCUGAAUGGUCGCAGGAUGAUCUAAAAGGUACAUGCUCUAUAGAGCCAGAACCUUCAUUGAGUUUCGACUAUGUAACACAUCAAUUUUCAUCAUUUAUACAUCAGUUUGGUUUGGCGUUAUAUGAGAUCAAACUCAAGAGUCGUUCACCAUUGAAUGUUUAUAAGAGGGGAACAAUAACAAGAUCCAGCAAAUAAAUUGCUAAAAGAUUAUUUUUAAUUAAUCAUUUUUAUCUAGUCAAAUUUUAUAUUAAAUUCCAAAGACUAAUUUAU